UCUUCGAAUUUGAGACAACAACAAACCUUAACCUUAGGACCUUAAGUGCAGCUCCAAUGGUGGUCCGUAAGAAGUUCAGAGGCGUCCGACAACGCCAUUGGGGCUCCUGGGUCUCUGAAAUUCGUCAUCCUCUUCUGAAGAGGAGGGUUUGGCUGGGGACGUUCGACACGGCGGAGGCGGCGGCGCGUGCCUACGACGAGGCGGCGCUGCUCAUGAGCGGAAGAAACGCCAAGACCAAUUUCCCGAUUCCGGCGAAUCCGGACAUCUCCGACGGCGGAGGCGGCGGGGAUGGUUGCUCUCCGGCGGCGGCGGCGCCGGAUUCGCUUUCGGCGGUGCUCAGCGCGAAGCUCCGGAAAUGCGGCAAACCGCCGUCGCCGUCGCUGACGUGUCUGAGAUUGGACACGGAGAAUUCGCACAUUGGGGUGUGGCAGAAGCGGGCCGGGUCAAGAUCCGACUCGAAUUGGGUCAUGACUGUGGAGUUGGAGAAGCGGAAGAACGGCGGGCAUCGGAGUAUUCCGACGGCGGGGAAUAAUCCGCCGCAAACGGCGGCGCGGGAAGGCGCCGCCGCCGUGGGGGGCGGGAUGGAGGAGGAGGAAAGGGUUGCGUUGCAGAUGAUCGAAGAACUCCUCAACAGAAAUUAAUCUUAAGAAAAUAAAAUAAUAAUAAUAUUUUUAAAUAUUAUGCAUAAUUCUGAUGAUGAUUAUUUGUUUAAUUUGAGAAUUUGUAUUUAGUUCCUAGAUUUAAUUAUCCUUGAGUGUCUAAUGUUUAUAAUUUUUUAUUGCUGAAAUUAGUACACAAAACCGUACGCGUACUGUGUACAUGUAUUGUAUGUAUGUAUGUAUCUAUGUAUAUUGUACGAGGUAUAAUGUACCUGUAGAUACGAUGAUUUGAUGUCCAAAACGCACCCCUACCCUACCCUACCCUACACCAUUAGUUAAUUAAAAUGCGGUAGGAAAUUAUUGGAAUAUGUAAGGUGUGUUUGGUUCCUGAUCGCAUGAUCCAUAUGGGUUUAUUUAUUUAA